UACUGGUAGAUUCGUGUCAAGUGCACAGGCACCGUGUCAGUGCAGAAUCUGGCAUCGUCGAGAGUGCGUGUGCUAGGCCUAGGGUCGUUCUUCUCUUGCUUGUUGUUCUUGUUGUUAUUGCUGUUACCUUGCCUGUGUUAGCAUCUCUGUUGCAAGCUUAUCGUUGUUUAAGAUUCUUCCAUUCCGGAAGAAAUGUUUCCUUGAAGCCUUCCGCACUCAAAUACGUUUGAAACGAAAGGUGACCGUUUUGUGAGCCAGUGAAAACCAAAAAGAGGUUGCGAAAGUGUCCCAACGAUGUGAGAUGGUGCUCGAAUUCAAGAUGGCAGCCAUUGUUGCAAAAAUCUUCAUCAGCUUACGGAUCGAUAAUAAUGGUCCAGCGGAGCGUGUGAGAUGUGCUUGAACGGUGCAACGAGAUGAAAGCGGUUGUGAAAAUGAAAAUGUGUAAAUUAAUGAAAGAAAUAAUGUUUUUCAACACAUAAAAGGUGUAAACGGUUAUGGUGGUGAUGGUGGAAGUGGGUGUGUUAGCCAGCUGUGGAAGCUGUACCACACACUAGUAUGGUCGCCAUCUUGAACUGAGUUUGGAGAAAAAAAAUCCACCAAACCCCGCGAGUGGAAAAGAUAAAAAGAGAGCGAAAGAGAGAGAGAGAGAGAGAGAGAUAGAGGGAGAGAAAAAGAGAACAGAAGCAGCAGUUGAUCGAGGUUACCUACUGAGCAGCAGUAAUCGCAGCAACCACGACGACAACAGCAACGACGACGUCGGCGGCCGCGACGACCGCGGCAACGGGCCUUAGCGCGUCCGCGUCGAAGAAGAAAAAGAAAACCAGCAACAUGUUGGGCCGGAAGCAGAGCAUCAAGGGCGAACCGGUGCUGGCCGAUUACGGGCCGGAAGAAUCGCUCAACGAAAGUGCCGACAUCGAAUGGGUCAACAAGCUAUGGGUCCGCCGGUUGAUGCGACUGUGUGCCUUGAUAUCGCUGACGUCCGUGUCGCUCAACACGCCCAAAACGUUCGAGCGCUAUCCCUUCCUGCAGUACUGUACCUUCUGCUGUGACACGGUCGCCACGCUACUGUUCACGUCCGAAAUGAUAGCCAAGAUCCAUAUCCGUGGAGCAUUGCGGGGCGAGGCACCCUACUUUAAGGACCAUUGGUGCCAGUUCGAUGCUUCGAUGGUGCUGUUUCUGUGGCUCUCCGUCACGCUGCAGGUGUUCGAGAUGCUUCGGCUGGUGCCCAAGUUUUCGUACCUCAGCACGGUACGGGCACCGCGACCGCUGAUCAUGAUACGGUUUCUGCGCGUCUUCCUAAAGUUCUCCAUGCCCAAGAGCCGCAUCAAUCAAAUCUUCAAACGCUCCAGCCAACAGAUCUACAACGUGACGCUGUUCUUUCUGUUCUUUAUGUCGCUGUACGGUUUGCUCGGUGUGCAGUUUUUCGGCGAGCUCAAGAACCACUGCGUGCUGAACACGACCGAACCGAAGAGCUUAACGAUCAACUCGCUCGCCAUACCGGACACGUUCUGUUCGCUCGAUCCGAACUCGGGCUACCAGUGUCCGAUCGGUAUGAAGUGCAUGAAGAUGGACUUUCUCACCAACUAUGCGAUGGGCUUCACCGGGUUCGAGGACAUUGCGACCAGCAUCUUCACCGUGUACCAGGCGGCAUCGCAGGAGGGCUGGGUGUUUAUCAUGUACCGUGCGAUCGAUUCACUGCCGGCGUGGCGUGCCGCAUUCUACUUCAGCACCAUGAUCUUCUUUCUCGCGUGGUUGGUGAAGAAUGUUUUCAUCGCCGUCAUUACGGAAACGUUCAACGAGAUUCGGGUGCAGUUCCAGCAGAUGUGGGGUGUACGGGGCCACAUUCAGAACAGUACGGCGUCGCAGAUCAUUACCGGUGACGAUAGCGGUUGGAAGUUGGUAACGAUCGACGACAACAAGCACGGUGGUAUUGCGCCGGAAAUAUGCCACACCAUCCUACGAUCGCCCUACUUCCGGAUGCUGGUCAUGACGGUGAUACUGGCGAACGGGAUCGUGACGGCGACGAUGCAGUUCAAGCACGACGGACGCCAACGGCACGUGUUUUACGAGAAGUACUACUACAUCGAGGUUACGUUUACGCUGCUGCUGGAUCUGGAGACGCUGUUCAAGAUCUACUGUCUCGGGUGGCGCAGCUACUUCAAGCACUCGAUACACAAGUUUGAGCUGCUGCUAGCGAUUGGCACGACGCUACACAUCAUCCCGGCCCUUUAUCUGAGCGGAUUCACCUACUUCCAGGUGUUGCGAGUCGUGCGCCUGAUCAAAGCGUCGCCCAUGCUGGAGGGCUUUGUGUACAAAAUCUUCGGCCCGGGCAAGAAGCUCGGUUCGCUGAUCAUCUUUACCAUGUGCUUGCUGAUCAUCAGCUCAAGCAUUUCGAUGCAGCUGUUCUGCUUUCUGUGUGAUUACACCAAGUUCGAAAGCUUCCCGGACGCGUUCAUGUCCAUGUUUCAGAUCCUGACGCAGGAGGCGUGGGUCGAGGUGAUGGACGAGACGAUGAUCAGGACGAGCAAAACGCUCACGCCGCUCGUUGCGGUGUACUUCAUCCUGUACCACCUGUUCGUGACGCUGAUUGUGUUAAGCUUGUUCGUGGCCGUCAUUCUGGACAAUCUCGAGCUGGACGAAGACAUCAAGAAGCUGAAGCAGCUCAAGUUCCGCGAGCAGAGUGCGGAGAUCAAGGAAACGCUCCCGUUCCGGUUGCGGAUCUUCGAAAAGUUUCCCGACUCACCGCAGAUGGCGAUCCUGCACAAGAUCCCGAACGAUUUCACCCUGCCGAAGGUGCGCGAAUCGUUCAUGAAGCAGUUUGUGCUCGAGAUGGAACCGGAAGAUCUGGAGGGCUACCAGCGACCCAUGCCGGAGUGUUGGGAUUCGCGGAUCGCCUACAAAAAGCAUCGCCCGAUCAAUGUGAUGAACAAAACGGCCAAGGUGUGUAUGGUGGGCAGUGAUCUGCGCAAGCUCGCGAUCACACACAUCAUCAACGAUUCCAACAAUCAGCGACUGAUGUUGGGCGAUUCAUCGAUGUUGCCGGUGGCGGGCACGAAGGCAGGACUGAAGCCUCAGGGCACGAUCACGCAAACGAAACCAUGGCGUGUCGAUCAGAAGAAGUUUGGUUCACGAUCGAUCCGACGCUCGGUACGCAGUGGGUCAAUUAAGCUGAAGCAGACGUACGAACAUCUGAUGGAGAACGGGGAUAUUGGUGCGGCCAGCCGAGUCACAUCGUCCCGGGCCCGUCCACACGAUCUGGACAUAAAGAUUCUCCAGGCUAAGCGGCAACAGGCGGAGAUGCGUCGCAACCAGCGGGAGGAAGAUCUGCGCGAAAAUCACCCAUUCUUCGAUACGCCCCUGUUUGCGGUACCGCGGGAGAGUCGGUUUCGGAAGAUUUGCCAGCGUAUCGUGCACGGCCGGUAUGAUGCGCGGUUGAAGGAUCCGCUCACCGGCAAGGAGCGCAAGGUGCAGUACAAAAGUCUUCACAACUUUCUUGGCCUCGUCACGUACCUCGACUGGGUAAUGAUCUUCGUAACGACCCUGUCCUGCAUCUCGAUGAUGUUCGAAACGCCCCAGUACCGCGUGAUGGAGCACGUCGCACUCCAGGUUGCCGAGUACACGUUCGUGAUCUUCAUGAGUCUCGAGCUGGCGCUCAAAAUUCUUGCCGACGGUCUGUUCUUCACACCCAAAGCGUACAUCAAAGACGUCGCCUCGGUGCUGGACGUGUUUAUCUACAUCGUGUCCACCACCUUUCUCAUCUGGAUGCCGCGCCAGGUGCCGAGCAACUCUUCCGCCCAACUGCUCAUGAUACUGCGCUGUCUGCGACCGCUGCGAAUCUUCACACUGGUGCCGCAUAUGCGCAAGGUGGUGUACGAACUGUGCCGUGGCUUCAAGGAGAUUCUGCUCGUAUCGACACUGCUCAUCCUGCUGAUGUUUAUCUUCGCCAGCUACGGUGUGCAGCUGUACGGUGGCCGGUUGGCCCGCUGUAACGAUCCAACGAUACUGAAGCGCGAAGACUGUGUCGGUGUGUUUAUGAGGCGUGUGUUCGUGACCAAGAUGAAGCUAACGCCCGGCGAGAAUGAAUCGUACCCAUCGAUGUUGGUACCGCGCGUUUGGGCUAAUCCACGGCGGUUUAACUUUGACAAUAUCGGGGACGCCAUGUUGGCACUGUUUGAGGUGCUGUCGUACAAGGGUUGGAUCGAUGUGCGGGAUGUGUUGAUUAAGGCGCUGGGCCCGGUACAUGCGAUCUACAUCCACGUGUACAUCUUUUUGGGCUGCAUGAUCGGGCUAACGCUGUUCGUCGGUGUAGUUAUUGCGAACUAUUCGGAGAACAAGGGUACCGCACUGCUAACCGUCGAUCAGCGCCGUUGGUGUGAUUUGAAGAAGCGGCUAAAGAUCGCCCAACCGCUCCAUUUGCCACCCCGACCGGAUGGCCGUAAGUUCCGUGCGUUCGUGUACGACAUUACGCAGCACAUUGCGUUCAAGCGGUGCAUCGCCGUGGUGGUGCUGGUGAACAGUAUGCUGCUGUCAAUUACCUGGACUAAAGAUGAAAUACACACCGAGCGGCUGGUAAUCGUCAGCACCUUUCUCACGUUCGUGUUCGUCAUCGAGGUCGUCAUGAAGAAUAUCGCCUUUACACCGCGCGGCUACUGGCAGUCGAGACGGAACCGGUACGAUCUGCUAGUCACCGUGGCGGGCGUCGUCUGGAUCUUUCUGCAAACCACACUGCGAAGCGAUUUAUCAUAUUUCAUUGGUUUUAUGGUUGUCAUAUUGCGAUUUUUCACAAUAACUGGCAAGCAUACGACCUUGAAAAUGUUAAUGCUUACCGUCGGUGUGUCGGUGUGCAAAUCGUUCUUCAUCAUCUUCGGCAUGUUUUUGCUGGUGUUCUUCUACGCCCUCGCCGGUACGAUACUGUUCGGCACGGUCAAGUACGGCGAAGGCAUCGGACGCCGGGCCAAUUUCGGUUCACCGGUGACCGGCGUGGCGAUGCUGUUCCGCAUCGUCACCGGUGAGGAUUGGAACAAGAUCAUGCAUGACUGCAUGGUACAGCCACCGUACUGUACGCCGGCCGCCAACUAUUGGGAGACGGACUGUGGCAACUUCACCGCCAGCCUGAUCUACUUCUGCACCUUCUACGUCAUCAUCACGUACAUCGUGCUGAACCUGCUUGUCGCUAUUAUCAUGGAGAACUUUUCCCUGUUCUACUCGAACGAGGAGGACGCGCUGCUAUCGUACGCCGACAUACGCAACUUCCAGAACACGUGGAACAUUGUGGACAUACAUCAGCGCGGUGUGAUACCGGUGCGGCGUGUGAAGUUUAUACUGCGCCUGCUAAAGGGCCGGCUGGAGUGUGACCCGCAGAAGGAUCGGCUGCUGUUCAAGUACAUGUGCUACGAGCUGGACAAGCUGCACAAUGGCGAGGACGUUACGUUCCAUGACGUUAUAAACAUGCUUUCGUAUCGGUCGGUCGAUAUACGGAAAGCUUUACAGCUGGAGGAACUGUUGGCACGGGAGGAGUUUGAGUACAUCAUCGAGGAGGAGGUGGCCAAGCAGACGAUUCGCACCUGGCUGGAAGGCUGUUUGAAAAAGAUACGGGCAAACAAUGUGGCGAAACAACAAAACUCUCUCAUCGCUGGACUACGCGCAACGAACGAUCAGAAACAGCAGCAGCAACAGCAACAGCAACAGCAGCAGCAACAGCAACAGCAGCAGCAGCAACAACAACAACAGCAACAGCAACAACCUGGACCCACCAGAAGCACCCAACAGGCGCAACAACUCCAGCAACAACUCCCAGCCUCCCAGCAGCAACAACCCACCCAACAGCAGCAAGCCACCCAAACGCAAUCCCAGGUAACGUCCCCGCUUCAAUCCUCCACCACCUCCCAAGCCGCCUCAUCAGUUACCAGCCCUGGCCAGCUGUCGAAGCAACCGGAAGAAUCACCGACCGGCGGUAAGGACGGGACCAGCCUCGAACUACCCGACACCGAUCAAACGGCGAAAGACAUCGAAAAUAAUGCGAAAAACCGAAAGAAAACGGCCACCGUACUGAACCGUUCCGAUUCGACCGGUUCCAGCAGUGGGCGCAAAUUUCUCGCACCCACCCUAUCCGAUCCGCAGGCCAAAAAUGAAAAGGAUCGUUACAUGAGCAAGAAGAAGCAGCAACGAGCACCACCGUCGAUCAAUGUGGGCGGUGGUGCCGUUGGUAAGGGGUCGCAUCUGAGCGAGAUCGGGACGCACAGUCUGCAUUUGCACUAUCACCACGGUAGCUUUAGCCAUGGGUACGGUGGUGAACAUUCGCCCCAUUCGCAGCCGCUUCACCAUCACCAUUCGCACCAGCAGCAGCUGCACUAUCAGCAGGCCCAGCAACAGCAGCAGCAGGCGAACAUGAGCAAAUUUGGUCACGCACAUACCAACAUGAUCUACGAGGUGCACGACUGGUGGCAGGAGCAGGUGCUAAGCACGCACAGCGAGGAGGAGGACAAUUGAGGAGAGUGAAGGCUAGUUGGAUGUUGUUGGAUGUAAGCGAUCGCCAUACUAAAUUGCCAGUAUUAGCGCUCGUUUGUCGGGCACCACCGGACAUGUUUUGCUAGAUAUACCGUGAGUCACGGAAUGUUUUUUACUUUUUUAGCUUCAUUUUUACUCGAUAUUGAAUGUAUUGUUAUCGUUGAUGGGCCGAGGGCGCGUAGAGUGUGAGGUACUUGUUAGGUAGAGUGUUUACUAAGCAAGCGCGUUGUAAUAUUGCCGGGUGUGGCAGGAAAAAAGGAGCGAAAAUGUAUGUUUAUGUUAUCCCUCUAUGUUUGUUACGGACAAAAUUCUCAAAAUGGCGCCGAAGGCUGGAACAGGCCUUUCGAAUUCAGUCUCCGGAAGUUAGAUACCACGCGCCGUGUUAUAAUAGACUUCAAGGUUUUCAUGGACUCCAAUGUGCCCUGAUCAAACGUAUUGAGGUUCAGACUGCUGUGGGAAUGAAUUAGGUAGGACAGAUCUUUGGACCAAAUCUUCAUUUUCUCCCUAAGCCAUCCUGUUGUGGGAUACUGUUUUGAAGUUCAUAAUAGUUGGUCCGCAGCCAGGGAAGCACUUGAUCCUUAAAUAUCCCAAUAGGCACCUUCGGAAUUCAGUUUAACAUCAGCGACAAUGAUAACUGUCGUCAUUUUUAAAACACUGUACGCCUCCUCUAAGCCGGACUGACUAUCCAGCUACUUGUGGCUAGCUUGUAGUGCCAAGGCAGAUAAGAGAAGGCCAUCUCUAAGCUUAAACUUCUCGAGAACAUCCUAAACUCUACCUGUCCAGGCUGUGAGGCAAUUACUGGCAGUUUUUCCACACUGAGUACAGGGUUAUAAGUUCAAAGAAAGGUAUUUCUUUGAAGGAGAUAUCGAGUGAAGUACGAAGUCUCCGAUUUCCGUUUCUCACGAGUUGGCGUUAGGAAAGUUAUAUUCGUUUAUUUAUAGAGCCUACGGGUCUCCGAGACCUCAUUCGCCUCUCGUAGGAAAGUUAACACUCUCGCACUUCCUUUCCUGUCGCACCCAUCUAGAGCAAUAAGCACAGUAUUUGAUGUAGGCAAGAAUGAAUGCAGAACGAGACUGUUUGUUAAUGGGACGUGAGAGACGCCAAAGUUAUGUAGUAAAUGGAGUAGAAAAAGGAUUGCAAAUCUUCCGAUGCGUGCGGCCAUGUGCCGACUUUCGCCAACAACGCUGUUAACGUUAAGCGCGCCAAACCAUGGCGACUGGAGUUUGGAUGUGGAUGCUUUUUGUUAUGCCUGUUUACGAUACGUUAAGUUUGCACAGUCAACCCCCUUAUAACGUGUGGUUUCCUACUAAUCGCGAGAAAUUUUAAAUAAGUGAUUGGCAUUUCCGGCAGCCAAGAGGCGAGCCCUGUUCCAAAGAUUCUUGUCUUCCGAGUAACCUGAGUCUUCUGAAGAGGCCCGAUCAUUUGAUUAGUCCUCCCGGUCUUAUUGCGCCUCACACGUUAGUUCCAAAUGCUUUUUCGUGUAAGCAGAUUUGUUGUCCUAGCGUCCUCAAAUGAAAUUCGUUAUACGAGGGUUGACUGUAUCUGUUAGGCGAAGGUACUUACGUCGGUAGGAGCGUCAAUGUGUGUACUACUUACCUCCGUAGUUCUCCCGUGGUGUCCGCGUAGAACAAAAUGCCAAAUUGCAUUCGUUAGUGAUAAUAAAUCUACUUGGAGCGAUACGAUGCCCGAUAUUUUAGCAUGAAACCAUACACUUUA